AUGGCAGAGUCCAUCAAUGCCAACACGUUUUUCCAGCCCAACAACGAGCUUGGAGUCGCCAUUUGCCGGCGAUGCGAGUACGCCGUUAGACCCAGAGAGAUUAUUCGCCAUUUAACGAAGCCCAAGGGCGCGCAUGUUAUCCCCCACAGCGUCGCAGAAGAGGUACUUACACAGAUCGUGAAUACAUGGCCCAACGUCCGCGAUGAACCCACCAACUUACCACAGUCCGUUGGGAAGCUAAUUCCCGGGCUGACUAUCUACAAUGAUGGGAUCUUAUGUACGUUUUGCGGGUACGUUUGCCGUACAAUGGAGAGCAUCCGGAAGCACUGGCGGACCCAGCAUGGGUUUUCGCCAUAUGACCAUAGUCGGAAGCCCCGGCCAUCUGAAGUCCCAGCUGGCCAAGACGCCCGGGAUCAGGCGAUGCGACGCGUCGUGUGCCAGCGGGUUUUUUACCGGAGGCUUGGAUCGCAUUACAUUCACGUCCGACAACCCGGACCCAACUAUGAACCCGCACGCCCGCCACCCCAGGCUAAUGUGGUCAAUGAACUCAUCCAGCAGCUCGAACAGACGUACGUUGACUCGCAGGCCCCGGACGACCGUACGAUCCAGGCCGGCCCGCUCGAUGAGGCGAACCCGUGGCUCCGACGGACGCAGUGGGCCGUGCAUCCCCCCCGCGAUAUACUACAGUCCAUCAAGACCCCCCCAGAGGACGCCCAGGGCCCAGAAGGGGCGAUGCGGGCCAUCUGGGACGCCAUAGACGGGGUCGCGCGGAUCAGCCAGCGCAUCACCAAGCAGACGGGCCAUCUGAUUCGUGUCGAGGCUGCUCGUACGGAGAAAGACCAGAGCCCGCACGAACCAUUACAGGCAUAUAUGGAUGAGGAGCAGAUCCAGCGGCAUGUCGAGCCGUGGCAGCAGAUCUUGAUGUUUUUCGCUCGCACCCAGGUUGAGCACGAUUGGCCGAGCCCGCCGUACCGAUUCACCCCCGCCAGCGACGGGCAUGGCAGGCAUUAUGGCGGCAUGCGCAGGACACGCGGAGACGGUGGCGACGAUCCAUACCAGAUGACUCCGAUCCAGACCGCAUGUAUGGACUUUUGCAUUGAACUAUUGAACCAGCGGGCUAGCGCGGAAGAGUACGAAUGUGCCUUGAUAUGCGCAUUAGCCGUGCUUGGCCAGGGCCGUGAUCGAUGGCGCGACGCGGACAGUUAUCCCCCAAUUUUGUCCAAAACAAUCAAGAUCAGUCGAUUCAUGGUAUUACACAAGGCGUUGCGUUUGGAUCCGAAUGCCAAGCAGAUUUUACAAUACAUGCGUGACCGUCAUGAAGUAGGUACGUGGUCGAUCGAAAGCCCGAUGGACGAUCCCGAAUAUAUAUAUUCCGGCCAGCACGACGAAGGGUAUGACAGCGAUCGGAGCCCACGAGAACCAUCGAGCAGCCCCGCGUUCGAACCCACACAUCGCCAGCCCGAGCCCAUGCAAUUCAGUCAGCAGCAGCGACGGAAACCGCGUCCGUUUCGCGAGUGGUUGCGAUUGUUGACGGACACAUUCAUGGUGCGCGGGACGCAUAGUCCGAUGCAGUGGAUGCUCGAUUUGCGCACGUACGGCUUACGCAUCCAUUAUAGCAGUACGGCCACCGGCCACGUGAGCUGGUCCGGCCAGGACGAGUUGCUAUACAAGGAAAUCCACUUCACCAUGGGUGAUUUCCGGGGGUUUACUCACGGGUUGGUCGGCUCCGUACGCCAGCUACUACACCACGAGCUAUUGAUUGGCGACGCCGCGAGCGCACCCGCCAUCCCAUGGGCGCAGCUCAUGGACGACCCCACGCAGGCCAAGCCUGGGUGGUGCUUUUUAAACGACAGUCGCACCCCGUGGCCCAUCGACGGGGCCCAAUGGCUCGCCCGCCGGAUCCAGCGCGAGCCCCGAUUACAACAGCGAUUUGUCGACGGGCCCGAGCGUCGAUUCCGGAUGCGUGCCAUCGAACAGUACAUGCAGAGCGUGGUCCAGUUCCGUGAGAAGCUCGCCAUCGUUUGUCACAUCACCGCGGGCCAGCCCGGCCGUGCACCCGAGCUAUUGAGUGUCCGCCAUCGCAACACGGAAGGGGCCCAUCGCAACGUAUUCAUCGAGGAUGGACUGGUCGUAUUCGCGACGAAGUACCACAAGGGGUUUUAUGCGAGCAACGACGCGAAGAUCAUCCAUCGGUACUUGCCGCGCGCGGUCGGGGAGCUGGUGGCGUACCAGCACGAGGCUCGUGGUACGGCUCGCGAGACGAUUCAGGGUCUGCAGUCCCGUGCCGCAUACAUCUGGGCGCCCGACCCAACGAGUGGGCGUGAGUGGACGUCGGAGCGAUUACGGGAGGCGUUGAAGCGCGAGACGACGAUUGGGCUGAAUGGGUACGCAUUGACUUUGCCCGCGUACCGGAAUAUCGCCAUUGGGAUCAGCCGGCGGUAUUUACGGGUAUCCAGCGUUUUCCCCCAGAAUGUCCAGGACGACGGGACCAAGGUGCCAGCGCAUGACGACGAUGAACCCGAGGAUCACAUCGCGGAUUUACAAGCCGCGCAUUCAUCCCAUGUGGCGGGCAUGAUUUAUGGCCGCGAGAUCACCGAGCAGGCUGGGACGACGGCGCACCGACGGGAGAUGUUCCGAUUAUCCAGCACGGAUUGGCAUCGGUUUUUAGGGUUCGAGAGCGCCGAGGACGGCUUGGCCAGGGUGCUUGGCAAGCGCAAGCAGGGCCCAUGGGAGGCCGAGGCGGACGACCAUCGACGUCAGCGCCGAUGGCAGCUCCACGAGGCCAAUAUGACGGAGGCAUUGCAGCGGAUGACCAACGACGACCAGAGCCAGUUCCGCGGCGUCCAGGGGCCCGCGAUGCAGGCGAUCCAGCAUGGGGUGAGCCCCGUGGUCGUGGUGAUGCCGACGGGCGGGGGCAAGAGCAUGUUGUUCAUGUUACCGGCAUGGGUCAGCGGCGGGCUGACGGUGGUCGUCGUCCCAUUGAUUGCUUUACGCCAGGACUUGCAGCAGCGAUGCGCGGUGGCCGGCAUCUCGUGCGUGGAAUGGGAGAGCCGGCGGCCGCCCGACGAGGCGGCCAUUGUACUCGUCACGCCCGAAUCCGCGUUGAGUGAGGAUUUCAUCACGUUUUUGAACCGACAGCAGGUCAUGAAACGGUUAGACCGCAUUGUGAUUGAUGAAUGCCACAUCGUAUUGAAUCAGCAGCGCGAUUUCCGGCCCAUGAUGCAGCAGCUCGGACGAUUGAUGAUCGCGCGGACGCAGGUGGUUUUGUUGACAGCGACAUUGCCCCCCAGCUUAGAGGACCGAUUAUGGCAACGCAUGCGAUGGUCCCAGGAGCAGGUCAGCUUAUUCCGUGGUCGAACCAGCCGGACCAACGUAGCAUAUCGUUUGUGGCGUCCGAUGAUCGAGCGGGAGUAUAAGGGGCCAUAUCGUUGGAUCCAGAUGGAUCAUAUCGCAGCAUUCAUCCGGGACCGCAUCCGACGAUCGCGGGGCGGGCGCACCAUUGUGUACGCGCAUAUCGUCGAACAUGUCACAACGGUGGCGGAGAUACUUGGGUGCGAGGCGUAUUACCAUGACCAGGUGGAUAAGGCGGGCGUGUUGGAGCGGUUUCGCAGUAUGCCCCACGGAGUGGUCGUGGCGACGAGUGCAUUGGGGAUGGGAGUCGACAUCCCCGACAUCCGCAGCAUCAUCCAUUUGGGGCGACCACGAACGUUGCUGGAUUACGCGCAGGAGAGCGGGCGCGCGGGUCGGGACGGUCAGGCGAGCGAAGCGAUCAUCAUCCAGCCCGACGGGGUUGAUACCCCCCGCCGUGGAUGCAGGACACGCCGUCCGCAGAGCAGCAGCGGGUGGAUGCAUACAUGUCAGCCAGUCCAUGCCGGCGGGUCGUUUUGGACGGGUAUUUGGAUGGCGUGUGAGGCACGAUGUGAUGGGUGCGACCCCGAUUGGCAGGUGAUGGAAGAGCAGGAAUCCAGCGAAGCUGCCAGUCCGAGAACCAGCCCAGAAGCCAGCCCAGAAGCCAGCCCAGAAGCCAGCCCAGAAGCCAGCCCAGAAGCCAGCCCAGAAGCCAGCCCAGAAGCCAGCCCAGAAGCCAGCCCAGAAGCCAGCGAGAGGGCCAGCAGUGUUGAUUCCGAGAGCUUACAGUCACAGGCACCAUGGGAGAGCCCCAUUCAUGAUCACAUACAGACCAUGGCGGCCGGCACAGCAUCCAGUCAUCACAGGCAGACCAUAGCAGCCAGCACAGCAUCCAGUCAUCACAGGCAGACCAUGGCAGCCAGCACAGCAUCCAGUCAUCACAGGCAGACCAUGGCAGCCAGCGCAGAAUCCAAUGACCACAGAGGUAUUCCAUUUGGGGUCCGGCAACAGUUCCAGCAGCAGGAAAUUGAUCGCGCACGCAUGUCCGAGCAGCAUCAGCAGGCGCGGCAGCAGGAACUGACAGACGAAGAGUUUUUAAUGCAGCAGGCGCGGGAAUGGCAGGAUCGUUGUUGGAUUUGUACGCAGGAAGGCCGGAAUGCUGAGCACGAAUUAUACCAUUGUCCCCAGCCCAGUAGCCAGCAGGCGCGGGAUUGGAUGAUUCGAGUCCGGCGGCGGGUCCAUGGGGAAUGCGCGCACCGCGGAUUAUUAUACGCGAUGGUUGGGAUGAUGUUGUUUGGAGGCCCCAAGCAGGAGCAGGUCCAGCGAUUAUGGGAGCAGCGAUUAGCUGAGCAGGGGGUGAGUGCACAGGAUGAGCCGCAGGUGACAGCGUUUUUAGGGCAACGCAGUACUCAGGGAUGGGAGAAGCAUACGGAGUUAGUUCGUACAUUCAUAUGGUUGCGGCGGAUAUAUCAUGAGGUUGGGAUGUAG